UUUGGCAUUAAAUGAAAUUGUCGUCCAGCUCCGGUAUCGGUAUCUAUAAGUCGCACGAUCGAGUCGAUGCAUCCAAGUCGCGACUAGUGUGUUACAUAAAGCCAAAUAAUAAAAUCGAUACUUGAACUAAUUUGCCUACAUUAGAGCUGGACGAAAUGAGUGUCGAAAGAGAUGAGGAAUAUCUUAAAUUUGUGCCCCAUAAAAUGUCCUACAAUGUGGUGCCAGGAGCGGAGUUUCAAUGCAAAUUGGGUAACCAUCACAAUACCAGGAAGCUCUCCACCAUCGAUGAACAGGACUACGAUGUGGCCAAUAGAAGGGGCAUGAUAAAUCAGAUUUUGUCCACUUGUGCUGUUCUGCUGCUCUCCGCUGGCUGUGGAAUGCCCAUUGGCUUCUCAGCUGUCCUGUUGCCUCAGCUAAUGGAUAGCAAUAGCACCGAGAUACCCAUUGAUGUGGAAACUGGCUCCUGGAUUGCAAGUGUCCAUAGUUUGGCCACUCCCUUUGGCUCCCUGAUCUCUGGACCUCUGGCCGACUAUCUGGGUAGGCGGAAAACCCUGCUGGUCUCCGUAAUUCCCCUCUUCCUCGGCUGGAGCACUCUGGCCAUGGCCAAGAGCAUCAAAAUUGUGAUAUUUGCGCGAUUCCUUUGCGGCUUUGCCACUGGAAUUCUAGGUGGACCUGGACAGGUCUACAUUGCUGAAACCGCUGAGCCCAACUUGAGGAGCCUUCUGAUUGGAGCUCCCUAUGUGGCCUACUCCAGCGGCAUCUUGCUGGUCUACUCCCUUGGCUCCAUGAUUUACUGGCGUAGUGUGGCCUGGUGUGCUAACAUCCUGCCCCUGCUGGCCAUGGUGUCCAUCUAUUGCAUCCCAGAGACUCCAGCCUGGUUGCUCCGGAAUGGCUACGAGAAGCGUGCCCUCCAGGCUCUGACCUUCUUGAGGGGCAGCGAGAUCAGUGCCCAGAAGGAGGCCAAUGAGAUGAAGCAGCGACUGUCCAGGGAGAGGGCCACCACCAAGACCAAUGAGAACAUCUUUAAGCUAUGCUGCCAAAGAGUGGCCAUCAAGCCAUUGGUCAUUGUGAUCAUUUUCUCCCUGCUGCAAAUGUUUUCCGGCACCUUCAUAGUGAUCUUCUACGCCAUCGACAUUAUCUCGGAGUUUGGAGCGGACUUUGAUACCAAACAGGCAGCAAUUUGGACGGCUGCCGUGAGGGUCAUCUGCUGCAUGGCCUUCUGUGUUGUUCUGAUCUUCGUCCGCCGGCGCAGGAUCAUGAUGAUAUCUGGCAUUGGCUCCGGUGCCUUCUGCCUGGCCUUGAGUGCCUACAUGUAUGCCAGAGUGGGUGAGCCCAAGAUGUCCUACGAUUUGUUAGUGGCAGGAUGUUGCCUGCUGGGCUACAUAGUAUUCAAUACAGCUUUAAUGGUGAUGCCUGGCAUCAUGCUGGGCGAACUUUUCCCGGCCAGAAUUCGGGGGAGAACAGCCGGCGGCGUGUUCGCCUCGAUGAACGUGGUCCUGUUUAUCUUCGCCAAGGGAUUCCCCGCGCUGCAGGCUUUCCUCAAAAUGCGUGGCGUAUUCCUGGUCUUCGGCAUCUCCAGUUUCCUGCUCACCAUAUUCAUGUGCCUGUUCCAGCCGGAGACCAAGGGACGCAGUCUGGAUCACAUCGAAGAUUACUUCAACGGGGACAACUGGCUGUGGUUCCGACGAGAUCGUGGCUACAAAACGGUGAAAUUGCAGGCUCUGCAGCCACUCAAAGCACAAAAUCCUGAGGCGGAUGCCUAAUCCUAAAGGGUCUUAGUUUUAAAUCCAGGCUGUUAAGAUUCCGUUUUAGUUUAGUUAGUCCUUAGGCCUUACUCUUAGUUCCAGCCGCAGUGCCUUGUAGUCGUUAGAAAUCAAUCGAUUUUCCAGUGACCGACAGGGAAUCUUCAAGUGUUAAGUUUACUAUUUCAAAUUGUGAUCGCUAUGCUUUAAAAUGUAUCUAUUUACUUGA